GCAUGUACCAUGGAGUGUUUGGAAAUUAUCCUAUAGACGACCCUCUUUUUCAUUCAUCAUCAUUUAAAUAAGAAUCAGUUUAACCUUGUACAUUCCCUAUAAAUAAAUGGGUCAAUGCCGGGUCGGGUAUUUUUAGUUUUGGGUUUGUGAAUUUCAGAUCCAAAUUCCAGCAAGGAAAAUGGCCGAACAACCGGAGAAGAAGCCACAAUCUGUCUAUGACUUUACACUAAAGGAUGUGAUGGGAAAUGAUGUAGACCUUAGUAUCUACAAAGGAAAAGUACUACUUAUCGUGAAUGUUGCUUCCAAAUGCGGGAUGACUAACUCAAACUACACGGAACUCAACCAAUUAUAUGAGAAGUACAAAGGUCAAGGCCUGGAAAUAUUGGCAUUUCCGAGCAAUCAAUUUGGUGAGGAAGAGCCGGGGACCAACGAUCAGAUUUUAGACUUCGUUUGUACUCGUUUCAAGUCAGACUUUCUAAUCUUUGACAAGAUUGAAGUGAAUGGCGAAAAUGCUUCUCCUCUUUAUAAAUUCUUGAAAUCAGGCAAGUGGGGAAUAUUUAGUGAUGAUAUUCAGUGGAAUUUCGCUAAGUUCCUGGUUGAUAAGAACGGGCAGGUUGUUGAUCGCUAUUAUCCUACAACAUCUCCUCUGACUAUUGAGAGGGAUAUGAAAAAGCUUCUUGAAAUCAUAUAGUUGCUAAGGAUUGAGUCUUCAACGAUGUGGAUCGAUUUUUCGCUUGUUAAUUGCGGGUUUGGUUUGAUUUUAGAAAUCGUUCACUUGUUUUCAUUAUCUGAGUGAGAAACAUCAUGUAAGAAGGGCUGUUAUCUGUACAUGAUCGCCAUAUGAAAUGUUGUGCAACAGAAAUUGUUCAUUCUAUGAGAGAAGUUUUAAACUGA